GAUCUGGUGGAUAAACAUCCAGCAGACGUAUACACCACAGCUAAACGUGUCAAAUUGGAUUGGCCUACACUGAGCGAGGACAGUGUAAUCUUGCAGGCCUCGAAUUUUCAGCUGCGUGGCAGCAGCCUUCGCUGUAUUCAUGAAGGAAACUUGGUUCAGCGGAUCGUAGUAAAGUAUACACUUCUCCGUCACCUUGAUAAUCACACAGCACCAGUGUGCCUUCGGAAAAUUCAACGGCAGCAGCACGACGUCUACCCCAAAUGCAUGGACUUACUGUAG